AUGCAGGCCGAAUCGAGCACAGGCACUCUGCCAGGUCUCUCGACGCAGACCAAGCUGGACAAGCCCUGUCGAUACUAUCUUCGGUCAGGUCGAUGCAGGAGGGGAGCCAAGUGUCUCUUUUCUCAUGACGAGACCCGGCGUCCGGUUCAGCCUGUAGAUGCGGCGCCCUCAGCGACGGAUGCAGGACCCAGCAGCUCUCGUCUGUCCGCACAGGCUUCAGCAUUUGAACCGGAUUCCUCGUCUCGCUCCACAUUGUCGGCAAGCGCCACUGACUUUCUGCCUACCGCGCAGAAUGACUCCGAUGACGACGAUGCCUGGCAAGAUAUCCCUUCCGAGCCCUCUGCAAAGGCACCUCGACCUCGAUCAAACCUGAAAGGCGUCCCCGCAUCCGUCACCUCAAACACCCUCCCGUGCUCCAUCUGCAUGGAGCUCCCCACCGUCUACGCCCAACACCCCAACUGCGACCACCACUUCUGCCCACCCUGUCUCAAUCGGUGGCGGCGUCAGCACACCCAGGCCAAGAACAAGGACUGUCCCGUCUGCCGCACCGCUUCCCGGUUCACCUUCGUCACGCCCCAACCCUUCACCGGCGCCGCGCGCACACUUGCGCUCGCCCGUUUUAGGGAGCGAGCCGCACAAACACCCUGCAAGAACUUCGAAAAGAGUUUGGCAUCGCGGAAGGGAAAGGAGCCGUUCUGCAUGUUUGGCGACGAAUGCAUGUAUAAGCACGAGGUCAAGGGGAAGGAGUUCAAGUUCGGGAGCGGGAGGGUGAGGAUCAAUAGGGGCGCAAAGGGGAGAAAAAGAGUCGCGAGGACAACGACGGGGUCCAGGAGGAGCAUUGGUGCCGAGUUCUUCGCGAGGAUCAGGGACAUGGAUGAGAGGGUGAGGAUCUUCAGGUCCAGUCGGUCGCUGACAAGUGGCAUGGGGAGCCAGCUGACUCUCCUGCGAGGAUGA